AUGGAACAAAAAUUUAAGUCACUGUUAUUUUCUAAGGUUUCUACUUUUAUCCUCUUAAGUUGGAUAUAUCAUUUUUACAUUUAUAAGAGUACACAUAACAAAUCUUUUGUUGAAUACUACAAAAAUCAUAGAAAAUUAUAUAUACGAAAUUAUCGUUUAUUGGCAAAAUAUAAUCAAGAUAAAGAUUCAAGUAUUGUAUGUUUAAAGGAAGAGAUACCAGAUGGAGUGAACAAUAAAAAAGAUAUACCUUAUAUUGAAAGAGAGAACACAAUAAAAAACAAAGCAUCAAAUGGAUAUUUACUAAGGAACGCAAGAGGCAAUAAAAAAUGUAUGAAAAAUAAAUCUUGUAUAUUUGAAAUGAAAAAAUAUUCCCAUUUAGAAAAAAAAAUAUUUAAAGAACUUGAUUAUGUAGACUUUCUAAAAAAAAACAAGACAAUUAGUGAUAAGAUAUAUAAAACAAUAAUACGUAAAAAGUGCGGACUACGAUUUGCUCUACCUUUAUUACUAAUUUUGGUGUUAUUAAUAUCAUUUAUAUUAGAUAAUUUUUGGGGAUAUGGGCUUACAUUUGGUUUGUUUAAACUAAUAGUUCUUAUUUCACCUCCUGUACAAGUUAGUAAUCUUAGCAGUUAUUCAUAUCUUAAACUUUUUGAAAGCGAUCUUUCAAUUAUCUUUAAUGCGCCCAUUUCUCCUGACAUAGCAACUUUGUACAUGUGGUUGACGAAAUCACCUUUAAGUUGGUUCACAAAUUCUGUUGUAGAAACAAAUGGUAUUAAUGCAAACUACUGUGUAACAGGGUUUCUCGGUUUUCUUAUAUAUUUUGUACCUAUCUUCAUAUUAGGUAUCAUACUUAUAUCAGCAGUUUUCUAUUAUCAUAAAAAAGUUAAAAAAUAUGAAAAAAUUAAGUUCAGAAAAAAAUAA